UUUGUACUAAAAAAGAAAAAAGAUCUGUCGAGCACAUACUUUUGCAAAAGGAGGCAUUUUUGGGGUCUUUUUUGUGUAAAUUCGAGUCGAGGCCUCAAAUCAAUUCAUCAUCGCUUCGACCCCUCUCCCAUCUCCCUCGCAGGCUCCCACUAUGUUCACCUCAUCAUCUCCGUCCUCCGUCUUUCUUCCUCUCCUCUCCUCCUCCUCCUCUCACCUCACCCAUCACCUCCUCUCACCAGCCGCCGGCGAACACCAAAUUGCCAAAGACCCUCCCUCAAGAUCUCUUGCUCUUCAGACCCCAUAAGCCUCACCAACCUCCUGUGGGCCGCCUCCCUCCCCCCUCCUCCUCAUCUCGCCGCCCGCUCCACCUGGCACUCCACCUGGCACCUCUCAUGCGCCAGCUGGCCCCCACCACCCCCCUUCUCCUCCUACUCCCGCCCUCCCUCCCAGUUCCCUCCGUCCCUCCCUACUCACCUCCCCUCCCUCCGCCUCCGCUUUCGCGCCCACCCUUGCCCGUGGGCGCACCGCGCCCUCAUCCUCCUCGCCCUCGCCGGCGUCGAGUCAUCCGUUCGACUCGAGGUCGUGACCCCCGGGCUCGACGGAGCUUGGAUGUCGGGAGACGGGUCGAGGCUGAGGGACGUCUACAAGAGGAGGAAGGGCGGGUACGAGGGGAGGGCGACGGUGCCGAUGCUGUGGGACGAGGAGAGGGAGGAGGUUGUCUGUAACGAGAGCUGGGAGAUCGUCAAGUUCCUCAGCUCCAUCGGAGGUUUGGAUCUGUGGGGGGAGGAGACGAGGGAGGAGAUCGAGAGGUGGAAUGGGAUUGUCUAUCCUAACGUCAACAAUGGGGUUUACAGAUGUGGGUUUGCACAGAGUCAAGAAGCAUACGACAGUGCGGUAAACGACCUAUUCAGUACUUUGGAUAUGUUAGAAGCUCACCUCUCGACGUCUCGCUACUUGUGCGGAGAUUCGCUGACACUAGCUGAUAUUUGCUUGUUUACGACUCUGAUUCGCUUCGAUCUUGUGUAUCAUGGCCUCUUUAAGUGCAGCAAGAAGAAGCUCAUUGAGUACCCCAACCUCUAUGCAUAUACAAGAGACGUGUAUCAGAUUCCAAAGGUGGCAGAAACUUGUAAUUUUGAGGCUAUCAUGGAUGGGUAUUAUCGGAUCUUGUUCCCGUUGAAUCCUGGGAGUAUUCGACCCAUUAUGCCUUCGGCCUGUCAGCAUGAGCAUCUUCUUCAGCCUCAUAACAGAGAGUUGCUGCCUUCCAGGAGUAGCAGAGAAGCACAGCAGCUUCAUGCUAUCUGAUUCCUGUAGAGUAAAAUUAAUGUAUAUAGCUGUAGUAGGGUUUCAGUAUCUUAUAAAGAGACGUAGCUCGAUGUAUGUUAAAUCACUUUGUACAAUAGACUAUCAUGCAUUGCAGCA